AUGGUGUCUGAAGAGAUGAGUUUGGAUUUUGACUGGCGACAACCUGCAAAUCCAACAAUAUCGACUCUACCAUGGCCACUCGAAAACGGUUCCAACAGCAAGGGUCUACGUGUCAAGUGUUAUCGAAAUGUCAUAUUCACUUGGUUGUUCCACACACCCGUGCUGCUGAACUGGAUCGAGGACAAUCAUGGGCCUCAGAAUCACGGCCGGGAGUGUUUCCUUUGUAGGCUACAUGGGCUUGCUUUGAGAUUUUGGUCCAGAAGCCGAUACAUUGAUACGAAAUUCAAUAGAGAUGUCGAUAAAUUUUGGUGGGAUACCCAUAAUCCUACAGUUAUCUCAAAUUUGGACGAGGAGAAUGAUGUUGAGGAGUAUAUGAGAAGUCUACUGGGUUUCCUUGACUCGCAAAGCGACUCUAGAUUGACUCGGCUCAUUUUGGCGCAAAAGCAAUGCGUCAAAAUAUGCGAGCAAUGUUCCUCUAACACCCAAGUUUCAGAGGAUGAUUUCUUUUUGCAAGGAAAAGUUUCCCGCGAAGAUAUCGAAUACCAGCCACUCUGUCAAUUCCUACAAUUCUACAAGUUAGAGGAUGACAGAUGCGACAAUUGCGAUGGGAGAAGACCGCAUCAUUUUGUCUAUGGGCUUCUUGAUGCUCCUCCAAUCCUUGUCCUUCAUUGCCAACCUCAUGUUGAUCAUGACAACCCCUUCUUCGUGGAUCAAAAGUAUACUUGCUAUUUGAGUGGCAAGCCUACAAGAUUGGAGCAUUCAAUGGCAUUUUCAGGUUACCCGAAUGUAUCUUUAGAUCCAAACACCAUUUACUGGGCCUUCUAUCACUUGUAUGGCGUCAUUCUACGUGAAGGAGAUACCAACUCCUCGGGCCAUUUUGUGUGUGCGUUUGAGCAGAGGCAGACGGGGCGCUGGUUAUUCUUUGACGACAUGAUGGGAAGUUUCGCUGUAGAAUUGACCCGAAAUGAAUUAGACAACAAAAUUGAGGAAAUGCAAAAGGGUACUUGGAGGAUUUUUAUGUUGAUGUACCGGAGGCUCUUUCAAGUGCCUAUGCGACAGCUGACAACAGUUACAUCUUCGUCUGCAAUUGCACUGCAAAACCAACAGACUCAGGAGGAGCUUUUGAUGUCAGAAGAAGAGGAUGUUGCAGACGAUGGGCUUCACGGGGAUCCAUGUAAUCCAGGGACACGAAAUGUUCAAGCAGAGCAACCGAUGCCAACAGAACGGCCGACGGAACAGGAUGUCGAAGUUGAAGCAGUUCCGGAAUCAACUACCUCGAAUCCUGAUACUGAACAGACAAGAGGAGAGACGCAGGGGGCUGCAGACGAUGCGUCAAGUAACAAGAUAUUAGACGUCCAAGCAGAGCAGCCAUUGCCGGCAGAAGAGAAUGUCACAGUCGAAACAGAUCCGGAUACAUCUACCUCCAAACCUGGGAUUGGACAGACAAAAAGCAGAAAACAAGCCUCGAAGAGUGCCCAAGACGAAACCCAAGAGAAUGAAAAUGAGCAGACAGCAAGUUCUCAACCAGCAUCUAAAAUAGGCAGGACUAAUGUCGAGCCUUUCGUACUACCCAAUAAAAAGGGGGCAAGAAGCAAAGCUACAAAGAGAACCCACGAUAAGGCAUUGGACGAGGAUGAUGAAGCGGUGAGAUCUAUACCAGCAUCUAAAAGAGCCAGGACUGGGACCAAACCUUCCACGCAACUCAAGAAAAAGGAUACAAGAAGCAAGGCAACAAAGAAGAUCCGUAAGGACGCUUCAGACAAACAUGAAUAUGAGGAGGCGGAAAUACCAGCCCCAUCAACCAAGAGAGCCAAAACUGGCGUUGAGCCCUCCACAGGACACGGUGGUAGGGAGACAAGAAGCAGAGCUGCUGCUAAAAGGGCUCGUGGGGAGACUCCAGAUGCAGAUAAAAAUGGAAAUGAGCAGAUUGAAACUUCCAAACCAGCAUCCAGGAAAGCCAAAACGGCUAAGCUCUCUGCGCAGACUAGCAAGGCCCAACGCAAGAAGUGA